AUGUCUUGUACAAAGGCCGGUGCCCGGGCCAUGUGGCGGCAGCUCUCCAGUCCCUUGAAUAGGGUCUUCCAAAAACACGUCAGACAAGAAGAUGACCUCGCUGACCAGCCAAAGCGCUUGGCUGCCCUUGUUGCCCCCAUUUGUUCUCAAAUGCUAGAACAGUUAAACUAUCCGGGUGCCCCACAGCUGGAAGGUGAAGCUGUUGAGGUACUCUUGGCGUACAUGUACAAUAGGGCUGUGAAGAUUGGAGUUCCUCUUGAUACUCACAUCUCUGCGAAGGGGUUUCGUCUGGGUUAUGCUGAAGGAUUGCUCGCCCAUCCCAGGCAUCCGGUUGAAGUCCAGGGAUACGUCGGACUCUUCACCUGGCUUGUCGUUCAGUACGACGAUAUCGUAGGGCAAAACAACCAGAUGGUGGAGGAGGCGCUCCUUUUUCAUGAAAGAUUGUUCCGAGGCGAGCCCCAGCCAAACUACUUACUUGAGGGAAUUGCCGGACUUCUUCGCGAAGCCCGCGACCACUUCGACACCGUCUUAGCGAACAUGCUCCAGAUCUCGGUGCUCAAAUUCCUGACGAGUAAUUUAUUGGAACGACACAGCGGUUUCCAACACAUGUCUGUCACGCCGGCAGGGCAAAAGUUCCCAGACUUUUAUCGAGACAUGUCGGGCAUGGACCAGGCCUAUGCUGUUUUCUACAAGGAAGAGCUAAGCGGAGACACGAGAAACUAUGUUCAUAACCGCGCCACGUGUACUGGCAAGCCAGUGAUGACUGUGGUAGCGGAAUCCUGGAACGAUAGUGUCAGGGGCUAUAUGGCGAUGCAUACGACCAACCCCCGAUACAAGUUGACCGAUCUAGGAAUCGGCGAGGAGCACCCACUUGCUCCAUUCGAACAUAGAAUCGGCCAAUUGUUUGAGCAAAUGAGCCGAAAGGCUGGGUUCGGACAGAGUAUUCGAGAUAACAAGUUCUACAAAGCUAGAGGCAAAUCAUGCCUAUCAUUCGAAUCUACCUCCUUUUCUACGGUGUGGAGACUCCAGCUUUGUGAAAUGCUUCGCCACGGAAUUGAUAUUCUGUCCCGAGUGGACCUCGCCGCUUCCCCCGGCGCUCCCCCGGAGCUGCCUCGGAGGCUCACCCUCCCCUAG